AUGUUUGUAACAGUAACAGUAGUGAUAAUAGUGCUUCUGCACUACUUCGUGAUCCAUCCUUUGUUCUUCAGUCCGCUCAGCAAGCUUCCGGGCCCGCUCCAUCUCAAGCUGUCAAAAUGGUUCAUCCUCAACAAGGCCAGAACCGAGUCCCGUAACGUGUACCUUCAAAAACUUCACGAGAAGUAUGGAGAUGUGGUUCAAAUCGGUCCCAACGAAGUGGCCUUCAAUUCGCUAGAGUACAUGAAACAGAUAUACAUGGGCAACUUCCCUAAGGAGUUCAAGAGCAACGGAAUUGGAUUCUACGCUCAGUUUGGCAACUUCGGAAGCAAGAAUUUGUUCAGCACAGGCGAUUCUCAGGUACAUCUCGAGAAGAAGAGGAAUAUUGCCAAGGUUUAUUCGAAAACCAACGUCCUUCAAAGUGGUGACUACAUCAAACAAAAAGUGGAACAAUUGUGGGCACCCCUAGAUGCGCGUUUGCAACACCCGGUAAACGUGUAUCCGAUGUUCCUCGCUCUGGCAAUGGACGUUGUGUCGGGAUUCGAGUAUGGUGGACAAUUCAGUACCAAUUUCGUCAGUAAGAUUAAUGCUGGUGCAGCGGGUCUGAGCUCUACAGAGAAAGCGCCAGAAGAUAUUUCACAGGAGAGCAGUCUGGAACGCAAUCCAACGGAAUUGUUUGAAGGGUUCCAGGAAAGCAGCAGCAUGUGGUUUUAUACCACGCUGGCUCCACAACUGUGGAAUAUCGUUGCCAGAAUUUACGGGAUCGGAAAGAAAUCGAGCAGGGCGCAGCAAUGGAUAUACUCGAGAUUCCAGCAGGCGCUCAAGAGCAAACAGUUGUACCAGGGCCCAGCACCCGUUUCAAAUGUGUUGCAGACCAUGUUCCAAGAGAUGCAGACCAAACCAAAGCACAAUUUGAACGAGAUUGCCAGUGAGAUCGCAGACCACAUUGCUGCGGGCCACGAAACAACGGGCAUCACGUUGACCUACAUCUGCUGGGAGCUCUCAAGACCUUGUAACCAGCACUGGCAGCAGAAACUCCACGAGGAAUGUAGUGGCAUUACGGACUUACAAGAACUAGACCAGUUGCCCAUCUUACAUAGUGUUGUUCAAGAGGCAUGUCGCAUCCAUUCUGCAAUUCCAGGCAGCGAGCCUCGAUACGUGCCUGAGGAAGCCAAAUUUGCUGCUGUAUUACAUGACAGCACUCACACUCGCGUGCCCAUCCCACCUGGCACGAUAGUGUCGUGCCAGCCAUGGUCCUUGCACCAGUUGGAAAAUACGUUCGGCAGCCAUACCGCACAAUUCAGACCGGAAAGAUGGUUACAGGACGUUGAGAAUAAUGAAAGUGCCCAGGAGUACGAGCGUAGACUUAAAAGGAUGAACAACUCUAUGUUCACAUUUGGGCAGGGCAACAGGAUGUGUCUUGGCAUGCACCUGGCGCUGAUCGAGAUGAAGUAUUGCAUCGCGCAGAUGUACUCGAGGUACGAGACCAAAAUUUCGCCCGAGUGGUGCCGCAAUGUGUACAAGGGCGACGAUGCGAAUGUGCUUAUGGGCACUGCACCAAGCCGCUCGACCACGGACCUCGACAUGAUGCGCAUGGCAGACACAUACACCACGAGACCGAUCCGCGACGAGUGCUGGCUGGAAUUCAAGUCACGUGACACAAUCAACGCGUCAGGUUAG